AUGCACACCAAAUUGUUAAGACAAACGCCGAAUGGUCCUCGUCCCUCAUCAACAAAUGAACGUAAAAAACAAUACCCGAAAAAGUUAUCAUCAAAAGACGAGUGUUAUGGAUGUAAAACAAAAAAGCUGGAAAAUGGAAGUCAAUUCUGUAUCCAAGCCGGUUUUAAUGAAUAUUUACAUUUCAUUGAAUAUUUACAUUAA